GUGGGGGACUACGUGUUGCACCUUUAGCACGAAUUAAACAAAACGUGUGUGAUGCAAACCUUACUGAAUCGGAUUCAGUGAAUCCACGGAUACGGACCUUCCUUUCACAGGCGCUGAUAGCCACGCACCACAAGGGAUAUCGCCAGGUUUGGACAGAGAUAACACACAUGCGCAGUUCACACAGAUUGGUACGCCAUUGACCUAAUGCUGCGCUACACCGGAAAAGGAAAACUGGGAGAUUUAAAAUGAUAAGGUUACUACAAACAAUAGCUUGAAGUGCUGGGUGAAGAAAUUCACGACAAUUACGAGGCCGACGGAGUUGAAGACUUCGGUGACAGAAAUAUGAUGACAGACGGAGCAGCAACAUCAGGAGGGACACAGACGGAUCCUUGCGGGGCUGUGGACAAGCGUUGAUCUCAUCAUAUGCGAUUUAGUGGAACAUUUGAUAUGCCUGGAAUAUAGCUACCAAGCUCCAUAACCAAACUGCAUUUGCGUCCUGUUUCUGUCUCAGUCCACUGUACAGCUGUACAGCACAGCAAAUUUGUCUGUUUUACUAAUUUACAGGACUGACGACACAUAACUACAGAGACACACAAGUCGAGAUAUUUGUUACUCUCCCGCACUUUCAUACCUGCUCCACACGCUCCCUGUGCUUUCGCGAUGGUGGACAACCGAUAUGCCACCGCGCUGGUGAUUGGGUCAGUCCUGAGCCUGCUGGCAACAGUCUACCUGUCUGUGGCAGUGGGGACGCAGCACUGGUACCAGUACAGCAGCCCCCCGGCUGCCAGCGAGGGAAAUGCUUCAGAGCUGCGCAGUUUGCAGGAGGAGUUCAUGGAAGGAGAGUUUGAUGAGAAGACCUACACUGACACGCUCUUCCGCCUCAACGGGACUGUGGGGCUGUGGUGGCGCUGUGUGCUGGUGCCGACCCAUUCACACUGGUACAAAGAGCCCGAUCCGAAAAUGGUGACUGAGUGUGUGAGUUUCACAUUGCAUCAACAGUUGAUCCCCAAAUAUAAAGAACCAGGCAAUCACAACAGUGGAGAGGACCUUCUGCGCACCUACCUGUGGAGGUGUCAGUUCCUGCUUCCGCUGGUAUCUCUAGGUCUGGUGCUGCUUGGAGGAAUGAUUGGACUCUGUGCCUGUCUGUGUCGCAGUUUCAGCCCCACACUGGGUAUCGGAGUGCUUCACCUGCUGGCUGGCCUGUGCACCCUUGCAACGGUGUGCUGUUAUCUAGCUGGCAUGGACCUCCUGCACCGGGCCUCGGUAUUGCCUGACGGAGUUGACGGUUCCCUGGGCUGGUCACUCUACUUGGCGCUAAUCUCCUCCCCGCUGCACAUGAUGGCUGCAGCCUUGCUGGUGUGGGCGGCACGCAGCCACCGCCAGAACUACUACCGCAUGACAGCUUACAGGGUGGCCUAAAGACACUCGCACUCCUUCUUUAA